AUGUUCAGCGCGACUACUACUUCAUCUCCCUUUCUCCGAUCAUCCGAAAAAGAACAUGCUCAACAUGCUGGCAAUCAUUACGUACAAGUGUCUAAUCGCAGUCUUAUUGAAAUAGAAGGCAAUGAUUCAGCAAAAUUCCUCCAAGGCCUUAUCACAAAUAACAUGAAUACAUUACAGUCAGGUGGAGAUGGAUUCUACACUGCAUUCCUCAACUCGCUCGGGCGAGUACUAUACGAUGCUUUCAUAUAUCCAAAAAAUAUAAAUCGAACAUUUCCUCAUCCUAUAUAUCUCAUCGAAUGCGACUCGGCUGUAUUAUCCUCCCUCGCAACUCAUCUCAAUAAAUACAAACUUCGUUCAAAAGUAACCAUAAAAGAUGUAUCUAGCAAAUACAACAUUUGGAACAUAUGGGGAGAUGAUGUGAGCAAUCUCUGGUGGAGAAGACUGAUACCCAACCCAACAGCUAAUAAAAUUACGGCAAGCGAAUUGGUAUUGAAAGAAGGUAUAGACGAAAUAGGAUGUAGAGAUCGACGGUAUCCUGGAAUGGGACUCAGACUAGUGUUGUCAUCUGAGAAGAAAAAGCCGCCACUUCCAUCCCAAUUUACGCAACUACCUUCAGAAGAAUAUAUGAUACGAAGAAUACUCCAUGGCUGUUACUUGGGACAAGAACUGACUUUUCGAACUUAUCAUACUGGUGUCACACGGAAACGCAUUUUACCCGUUCAAUUUUAUGGAUCCAAUGACGCGAGGCCGGACCGAUUGUCCAUCGACCGUACGAUUGAAAACUUGAACAUACAUCCGGGGCGUGUUAUUUAUUCGUUAAGGGACACAAAGAGAAAAGAGUUGGGUAGGACCAGAGUAACAAGAUGCAAUGCUGGAUUGGCACUAUUCAGGUUGGAUGCGUUGGAAAAGGAAGAUUUGGUCGUCAUGAGUGGCGAUAGUGGUGGGAACGGAGGGAAAAAAGAUAAAGAACAAGUCCGAAAAGGAGAUGAAUUCAGAGUGAGGCCGUUUUUACCUGAUUGGUGGCCAAAGCUAGAAGCACAAGGAGAGUGA